AGCCCUAUGGGAGGGUUAAGGUUAUCUCUGCAUCCCGGGAAAGCCCCAACCUUAUCAUGCCGUUUGAUAUCUGACACGGAAAGAAGCAGCUUCUGCACCAAAUCGGGAAAUUCUCAAUGGCGAUCACAGUCAUUGCUUUUCUCGGAGUUGACUAAAGAUUGAAGAUUCGAUCAUGUUACACGGCAGAUUGUUUACAUAAUCCAUGGGUUGAAAUGGCUUUGCAAUUUAUUUACAAUUGCAUCCACAUUAGGCAGCCAUCGCUAUUAACACCUUCGCAUUCAUGGAUCCAUUAAAUAUAUCAAACUAUUCAUGUUGAUCAUGGCAAGUGUGGAUAAUCUCACGCCGCGGCGGUUCGCCCCUGCGUUUCCCAAUGUCGAAGCUAAUCGGUAUCUUCUUGACUAUGUCAAAGUUCAUCAUCCGGAGUUUUACCCCGGAGGUGCACUGUCAAGCCAGCCCGCUUGUGAUGGGGGCGGCGUUCAUUAUACUGGGCUUUACUACGCUUGCUGCGUCGUGGCCGGCAACAUCUGGCAUCCCAUGGAGGGAAGAGACAGUACCAAGUAUGAAGAAUACGAUCACCCCUUUCUAUCGACCUCAAGGGAUCCUAGUGAUCGAGAAGCCCGCCUCACAAUACCCGAUGACGAGAUAAUCCGGCCAGCUCCAAUUGGGAAAGCGUAUUUCUUCCCUGUUCCCAGCAAUACAAAUCAUCGACGCUACGCUAUCGUCCCAAGUUUCGAUCACCGGAUCCCCCCUGAUGGCGUGAAGAUAAAAAUACCCGCCCCCUGGCUCUCCCUCGACCCGUUGCAUGAUGACCCAAACUCAAACAAUUCUUACAGGUCAUACAGAGAAUGCUUCGCCACAUUGGCCUCCAGCUCCCCACAGCGGCCAUCCCCGCAAGAUCUGAUAUGUUGUCUUACAAAGGAGUACCUUUCUGUAGACUUCUGUCGUGUUAUCCCUAAGAGUGAAGAACGAUGGUUCAUUGGCAAUGACAUGCAAAAAUAUUCGACUUCUAACGAUCAACAUAACGGUCCUCUCAAUAGAAUCUGCAAUGUUAUGCCCUUUCGGCUUGAUGCUCUAGGAUACUUCGGUCAAGGACAUCUCAGUCUAGUUCCCAAACUUGACAAGUCUACCGGCCUCUACACAUUACCAACUCAUGCGGUUCGAUACCCUAAAGAGUUAUUGAAUCCAAGGGGUAGAUUGCAAUUCCACGACAUAUUUCACAAUUAUCUUCUAUAUCCACACCCAAUAAAAUGGAUCCCCGUCGAGUAUCUAUUCACCCGAUUUGCCUGGACUCUUUUUUCCGACCAGGUCAUGACCUUACUUAACGACGCCAAAGGUGUGACUUUUCCCCCUGCGCCUUCAUAGUAACUAUACGGCGGAGACGAUCCAAGACAUGAAGGACGAUUAUCCUAGACCACGUCCAAACAGAUGCCCUUUUAAUCCCACUAAAGAUGAAGAUAUGGAUGGGGACGAUGACGAUAGUGAUGCUGGUUCUUGUUAUAGUAACGACUCCGUUAACAACGAAUUCCGGAGGAACUUUUUCGUCCAGGUUCAGAAAUGCUAACAUCAUGGUAAGAUGGGUUCGCUUUCUUGCGAAAACGGCUACGGACCACACAGAACCACGUAUGUGCACGGCGGAGGCGACGUCAUACCAGUGUAUCUGUUUUGGUUUCAAGUAAUGGUAACGUAAUCCAUAGAAAACGGGUGGAAAUGGUCGGUUGAAGAGUGAUAUCGGUCUAAGGUUUAAGUGGAAGAUGAUAAAGGUGUUCCUUGGUAUGGUUUAAGUGAGCGAGCAUUAUUAGAAUUUUCGGAUGACUAUGUUUGUUACGAUUUUAUUUUUGGAUAUGAAGAAUAUGACGCUUCCAUAAUAGAUAAACCCUUUGGUUUCCAUAAAGUCUCUACUCGUCCAGCAAAACAAGAAGUCUCAACUUGAAUUUUCAGGGCUGGCUUGGUCUGUGCAUAGUGCCUGACUAAGGUUAAUGAAGACUCAGGAGUUGGCGAUUACUGAGCAC